GGAGGCCGGUCUCCCUUCUCGACGCACGGACCACCUACCUGCCGAGGACGGCGGGCUCCUGCUGCUGCUGCAUGCCGGCAAGUUGGUGACUCUGGUUUCUCAUUAUCAUCAUCCGAUGUACCACAACUCCAAUGGGCCUACAGAACACCUAGCUCUGGUCCGCGCGGCCGCCACUAACAUCAGGAUGCUACUCGUCACCUCUGGUUCGGAUGGGGCGAGUGGGAGAGGUCGUCCAGCACCAUCUCCAUCUCAAAAAGGUUCGGUCAGGGGCGAAGUUGGAGUCCGCGAGGUUGCAAUGUCAUGUAUCGUGUCUUAUUCAGGGAACGUGAACAAUACCGGCGACUCCAGGUAUUUGGCAAUGUGGAGUGCAACUGAGUGGUGUAGUGGAAUUGGGAUCCAACAAAGUGUUGUUUGGCCGGAGCCGGAGACGAACAUGGCGGAGGCUCCGGAGCAGCAACUCUACUUGUUGGUGGCGGGAGCCUGGAGCAGCACCUCAAGUGGGGCAAGUUGCGCGGGGUCGGAGUUGAAGACUAACCUGGCUUCCUGGUGACCCGUGGAUCAAGGGGACAUGGAUCUGGCCUGAGGAGGCAAUGAUGGGCGCAACGACAGCCUAGGUGGGAAUUGUUGGGCAGCGACAACCCGGGGAGGAGCUGGUGGCGCAGCGGAGACCUACUGGAUCUGGCGUACUGGGGCGCAGCGGAGAAGCUUACUUGCUUGCUGUAUGGUGAUUGUUGCCCUGCAUUUAUGCGACUUCUGCCUGGAGCCAGCAUUUGAAGCAAUGGCUCCAGUUUACAUUUGUAUUCACAUACUUGGUGGCAUUGGUUAAUUAAAGGCAAACAACCAUCGUCAAGCACGAAUGAUCCUGUGACAUUAUUUUGUGGGCGUGACUUUGUGAGACAAAUUUGUUUUCUGA